CUACUCAAAUUACAACAGCCUUAAAGACUAAUGGAACAUUCUACACAGAUUCUAACGGACGUGACUUCAUUAAGAGGAUUAAUCUUGGAAUAUACAUGCAAGACAGUAUCUCAGAACUGUCAGUGUUGGUUGACCGUUCAGUUGGGGGAUCCAGUUUAGUGGAUGGUCAGAUAGAGCUUAUGCUCCACAGGAGAUUACUUCAUGAUGAUUCAAGAGGAGUUGGUGAGGUGUUGAAUGAAACAGUUUGUCUUCAUGAUAAAUGCGAGGGUUUAACUGGCAUAUUUGUUAACUUCAAAGACUUGUACUAUUACAAUGGGAACAAGCUUCCUUUUGCUGCUGCUCAAAUUGGCCAGGCUUUCAGAAAUGAGCAAUCCUGGUCACCCAUUUGCAGCAGAUGUGACCUUGGAGAAACUCUUAGCUUCCUUCUGAGUGGGUCCAGGUUUUUAGAUAUGGCACUGAAGAAGGCAAACCUGCUGAUAGAAUUGUCAAACAGCACACUUAUAUUCUGGAACCAAUUACAGGAAAUGCAAAGUAUAUUCUAGAUGAUGUCAUUCUCUGUUUAUCAAAGGAUGGAUACAAGGAUAUGUUAAAACUAGCUGAUAACUUUUCUGCCUUUAAUCAACGCUUAAAAUAUGUGCAUUUUCGUCCACAUGUUUCCGUGAAAUCUGAUCCUCGUUCUUGGUGGAAGUAUGCUUAUAGAG